AUGGGACCGACGACCGCACGGCACACGCUCGCGGAGCUGCAGUUCCCCAGCUUCCUCACGCAGCUCAAAGCCCCUGGUGCACUCGAAGCGCCCAUGCGGGUCGAACCUCAAUGGGCGUCCUCAGCAUCGUCGCCGACCAGCAUCACGUCCAACCCGACGAACGGCAGCUCCCUCACAACCACGUCCCAGCCACUCCCGAGCUUCACGCUGGACCAGCAGAGUAGCAGCUACGGCUACGGUAGCAGCAACAGCAACAGUAGCAGUAGUGCCAUUACAACCAUCUCGACAACCCACGUGCCGUUCCGGCCGCCCAUGGGGAGCCUCUCGACGCCAACGGGGUACUACACCCAGCACCUGCUCCCUCCACGCGACGGUCCGCCAUUCACGUCGUCGUCGGCCGCUUCAGCUGCUUCAGCUUCAUCGUCGACCUGGAGCGGUCCGAACUACACGAGCGACACGUCCGUGGUCUUUGGGGACUACGCGCCCCAGCAUCUCCCUCCGCCACCACCUCCACCUCCUGCUCCUGCUCCCCCUGCUGCUGCUCUCGCUUCGCAGGUCGUCCUGCAUCCCCUCGUGCUUCAACACAGCGAGCCGUUGCCGCGGUCGAACGACGACGACCUGGCCCUGGACGCUCAAAUGUUGCGCGAGGUGCUCCAGGGCAUGCCCACAGGCCAAACGCCCGUACCCAGCCACCAGCACCACCAGCAUCACCACCACCAGCUUCCUCACCCCCACCACGCAGCAUCGGGGCGUAGUCAGCCGUCCCCGAUGCCCGGUCUCCAGCUCCUGUUUGCGUCGCCUCUGAACGCGUCGGACCCGACGCAUGCGACGCUCGUCCCCGGGUUCUACAGCUCGGCGAUGGCCCUAGCUUCGACUUCGGGUGAGGUGCUGUGCAGUCCGCCAAUGUCGGUGGUGAGGACCGACCGGACGUCAACCGGCGUCCCUGACCCGGUGGGAUUGCCUUCGACCGGUGCCGGGUCUUUGAGCAGCACUUGCUCGCCCUUGGCGCACGCUUUGCCGCGCAAGAAGCGGUCGAGCGCGACGCGCAUCUGCAAGGUUGACGGGUGUACGAAAGGCAUCCGGUCGAGGGGGCUAUGCAAGGCGCACGGCGGCGGCCGCCGGUGCACGACCCCCGGGUGCACCACGAGCGACCAGGGCGGCGGUCACUGCGUUUUGCACGGCGGCGGCCGCCGGUGCCGGAUCGAAGGAUGCAAGAAGUCGGCGCAAUGGCGCGGCGUGUGCAAGAUGCAUGGCGGGGCGCGACGCUGCCGCUAUGGCCAGUGCACGAAGAACGGACAGGUGAAGCAAGGCUACUGUCGGAUGCACCACAACCUCUUGACGGAGCAGCGACAGCAACAAGAACAACUGCAGACGCAGCAGCUGCAGCAUUUACGGCAGCAGCAACUGCCGAUGGGGGGCAAGAUGCAAGGGACGGAGAGGGGCGGGAGCUAA